AUGACAACCUCUAACGAUUAUCAACACAAAAAAUUCAACAAGAAUAAGGUUGAGGAUGGAUAUCAACACAAGAAAUUUGCUACCAGUAAAAGAAAAUUUAAUGAAAUUGAAAAGGAAGAAGUACCCAUAACUGUCGAGGAUAUAUUGCAACAAGCCCAAAAGGAUAUAAGCACAGAUCUACCACAAAUUAAAAGAAAACAAACUACGACUUUGUUCAGACCAUGGGAAGAUAAGGAAGAAAGUUGUGCUACCACAAUCACCAAGCGACCCAAGAGUUGUCCACCAACUGAGGAGGUGUCCAAAAUUAAUACUUCACAACAAUCGAAUCCAAAAGUCAGACGCAACACUGUUGGGGCUACAAUGAGACGUCGUCAGCAGCAACACCACCAACAAGCCGUACAAUGGAGAAGGCAUCAACAAUAUAUUGCCUAUCAGCAACAACAGCAGCAAUAUCAUGCGGCUAUAAUGGAACAAUCGAUGAGGAAUUCCAAUUAUUUGGCAUAUUUACAACAAUUGGCCCUGCAAAAGAGCCGGCAACAACAAUUAUUUGUUUUUGGUCAACAACAUUAG